AUGACGGAGCCAGCAGCCAAGACAGAGGAAGCUAUUAGCAGUAGCAGCAGCACUAGUGCAGCCAAUGAUAAUGUUCCCGCCACGGAUCAAUCGGAUCAAUCGGCUCAAGAAGCCAUCACCUCAAUAAUGUCCAACGCCACAGCGGCCAGUGUGGAGUCUCGACAAGUGUUGGCACUGCGUACAAAUGAUACCACUACGACUCUCACCAAUCCAUGGAAUGUAUCACCAGCCGUCACGUCUUCUCAAAGUGAAGCAUCCGAGACGAGGGUUCCCAAAGAACCCGACAACAAGAUAGAUCUGGUAGCAGCAGCGGCGGAACCAUCCACGAUGGUGGGGAUCAAGAGAUCCAAUAGCAACCCAGCGCUGCUCCCACAACAAGCACAACAAUGGCACCCACAGCAACCACAACAAGAAGAGCCCAGUAUUCCACAAACGUUUUCGUUACCCGUCAGUGCCAUGAACUACACACCAGCCCAAGGAGAACCCAAUAAGGAAGCAGAAGAUACCAAGGAAGUAAAUCAUGUCCGAUUCAGUGACAGUACGGCAGCUCCAGAUUCGGUUCCUCCCACACCCACCAACAACAACAAGAAUAGUCAUACUCAUCUUACUGUGGAUACCAGUGACUUGCAAGCUCUCAACUCUUCGGGCAGUGUCAGCACGGACUACCAAGAAGGAGGCCGACUCUGGCAAGCGGCACUGGAAGAGGCGGAGAAACGCAAUGAAAUCUUAGCCAACAAGAAAAAGACACGGAAUCGAAUUACCGAAUCCAUCAUGGAACGAACACGGUCUAGGGCUGAUCCCAAUGCCUUGAUUACCACAUCCUCGACAGCCACACCCAUUGGGGCAGGAAAACCGUCCUCCACCAUGGUGUCACUGGGAGGCGACCACGAGAGUUCUUUCAUUCUAUCCACGGCACUUGCCAAGAAACGAGUCCGGGUAGUACAGUUGCUACUCAUUGGACUGGUCGGACUCCUUCUAGGCUUGCUGGGAAACUUUUUUGUUUCCACUUCCUGCCACUUUGCGUCCGUCUCGAUUACAGUAGGACAGAAUGAACAAACCUUUGACUUUCAUUUUGGUCUGUGGAAGUACUCUCCCAUUGACAGUGUCUUUCAGGGAUAUCCCUACUGCUACAAGUAUGACCAAAACUAUGCCGCCGAAGCACCCCUCGUGGCACGGGCUGCCAAUAUCACAGCCUUGCUAGCCGGUUUGAUCUCCUUGAGUGUCUUGUGGUUGUAUCUCAUCUUUGGUACCACCAACAAGAGACGGUGGAAAUGGGCCGUGCGAAUGGCCAUCUUUGCUGGAUUGAUACAACUGGGGACACUAUACUUCUUCCUUGGAACGCUCUGCCAGGAAUACUCUUGUCAACUGGGUCUUGGGGCCUACCUUUCCAUGUUUACCAGUGUGGUAUGGUUUGUUCUGGCUAUGGAAAUGCAAUAUCACAUGCCAGUGGCCAUUUAUGCCUCGUCGGGAGGUAGCGGUAUGGCAGGACCUGCAGCCUUGGAAGAACCUCACGCCUUGGUGGCUCAAAUGGAAAUGACGUCUUGUAUGGGUGACGUGACACGAGAGUAUGUCACGAGAGUGACGGGCAAAGACAAGGACAUGGAUAAUCUUCAGAACUUGUCACGGGCACAGCAACAGCAGCAGCGAAGAACACGACCCUCUCCCUGUGGAUUGUAUUCCCCCACCAAUGCUUGUGGCUUUUACAAUGGUGGCAACUAUAUACCGAGUCCAACCAAAGGGACCUAUCAAGCCCCGGAUCCAACUCUAUUGGAAGAAGCAUUGGCCACACCGAGUAGCCGGAAUCAAUAG